CGUUCAAAGACUCGCCAAGAUAUAAUUGUUUGUCGCACGAAAGAUAGCUUUUUUUCUCCUCGAAGCUGACCGAAGAGGAGGUGUUUGAUAAAACAGAACUACCUAAAUUUCACCAAGUUUAUAUCGGAUCUCUUCGGAGCGUGCAUUUGUAGCUUCAAUGUACACCAACAACUUUAAAUUCAUACUAAUUUUGGCGAGUUUGUUGUUUGUUACGGGAUUUAUUUCCCUGGUGAUUUUGUCUACAACGCAAGUGAUGCCCGCUCGGAGAGGGCUGAGCUACGAAAAAGUAACUUGCCGAGUUACACGUAGGGAAAUAUUUUGUGAAAGAGGAAACUGUAGUGAAUGUAUCUCUGGUGGAACCAGUACUUCCUUGUGUCUCAAAGUGUACGUGCUAUGUGGUAAUCACGACGAAAUUAUAAACAAAAACCUUUCAAGCUACAAGGAAAGCGGAUAUCUGCUUCGUAAAGAUGUGUACCACUUGAACGACCAGGUAACAUAAAUUCUUAAUACUUUUUUUAUACAAUUUCUCUCAAAGAUGGUUAGGACUUAGUUCCAAAUUUUGAGAUAACUUAGUAUGCAAAUUCUUUUUAUUUUUACAUUUACAUCUCAGCGCAUCCCGAAAGUGAACACCUGGAAACAUCGUAUAAAAUUCCACCUAAAAAUGAGUUAGUAGUUUUGCACUUUCGUAUUUGAUUUGAAAAAUUUAACCAUGAUACUGCUAUAUAGGUAACAUCGACAAAAUAAGUUUCAAAACUUCAUGGAUAUUUCAAAUAGUCGACGCCUCCUCGCUCAGUCAAGAAAAUAGGGAAUUAAAGGCCAGAAAAAGCGUCUCUCAAUAUUUUAUAUUUCCAAUACAUUAUUUCCGCGAACAACAAUUAGCUGUAAGGGUCACUAAUUCAAGUGAACUUUUCCUGUAGCUGACGUUUUGUUUACUCCUUUUAAUCAAGCUCAGAGAAUAAUAAAAAACAUCCACGUAAAAAGACAGAAACAGGCCAUGAAUGACUCGGCAGCUGUUUCGUUAAUUAAUUUCUACGUGCGAACAACAAAAGUCAAGGAACUCGCGCUACGCGCUCGUAUCAGGGAUCACUCGCAUGUGAAACUCGCGUGUAAAUUUUCAACUUCGAAAACGCCAGCCACCCAAUUCGCGCUUUUACUAAAUUGAGAAAAAAAAGGAAAGUGAGGAACAUUAUUUAUCGAAAUGACAAUCCUUAUCAUUCAGCAAAAGUUUAUCUAACAUUUCUGUGUUUCCAACGAUUCAUUCUUUUCAGUGCACUCGUAAGCUAAAUUCAAUCUGCAGCUCGGACUCAGCUCCCACCCCAAAUGGACUGCACCACUUUCAAGUUGGAAAGGAGAAGACUGGGCCUAAGUACCAGUAUUAUCGCAACCCGAAUGUUCCGGAUGAGGUUGUGUAUGAAAAUCACAGCAAAGAUUACAGAAAGGUCGUGCUACACAGCGUGUUGUGGCCGACCGCUUUGAUAGGACUUUCCAUUUUAAUUGUCACUGCAGCCAUGUGCCUUAGCCCAACGUCGAAAGAUUACAGAAGAAUACCAUAAACUGUUAAACGAGUGGAAACUAAUAAUUGAGAGUUAAGUUGGGUCCUGCUAUGGUUUAAAUUCCUUGCGGAGUAAAUGGACACCAUGGGAAAAAAUCGCUGGCUCAAGUCACAAGAUACCAACCAAGUUCAGUGAGAACUUAAACAACUUCAUAAUUGCUAGCAAGAGGGCUUGAGGUUUAUCAGCGAGAGGGCAGC